GCAGCCUUUCCAAGUUAACUGAUUAAAGCUGGUCACACUGAGGGUAAAACCAAAACAGCCUGCGUGGACAAACAAAAAAAUGAACGAGUCCGAGAUCCCUAUUGACAUUCACACGCUGAAGCUCCAGGACUGGCUUAUUAGUCGCAGAAUUGUUCCUAAAAAUGUUCAGCAAGAGAUUAGAGAAAUCCACAAGAAGAUUAGUAAUGCCUUGCAGGACAUGCCGUCCAACGAGCAGCUAAUUAAGCUACUAUCCAGGACAAAUAUCAAUUACUACCAUGUGAAGGAGAUUAUUGAGAUCCUGAAGCAGACGGAGAAGGAUACGAAAAGCGUUUUCGGAACCUACGGCAGUCAGCGCAUGAAGGACUGGCAGGAAAUCAGUCGCCUGUACGAGAAGAAUGCCAUAUACUUGGCCGAAACAGCGCAGAUCUUCGUGCGAAAUGUUAACUACGAGAUUCCUGGAGUGCGCAAGCAAAUGGCCAAGUUGGAACAGCAAACGGACGAGAGCCAAAAGCGUGCUCAUGACCUGAAUAAACCCGAGAGUCAGCUCCUGGCUGAGCACGCCGCCCUGCUGGAGCAAUUGGGCGUCAAGGGGGAGAACCUGCAUGCAGAGUUCGUGGAUGUUCUGGCUGGUCUGCCUGAUCUGUAUGCUAAAUCCCUGACCGACAUCGGCAAGAUUCAGCCGGGCAUCGAUCUGUACGCCGAAGUCAGUGGCCACAAGCAAGCCCUGCCUAUCCUGAGCCACCUGGUCGAGUUCGGAAACACCACUGUGUAUCAGUACAUCCACAAGGAAGCUCCUCUGGCUGUCGAAGAGCCACCCAUCCGGCUCAACCUUAGCGAGGAUCUCAUCGCCAACAAGGAUGACAACGCUCCCCUGGAGAUUGACUUCGGAACAGACGACAAUGGAGGAACUUCGUCGACCGUUUCGGCGGAGAUAAUCGAUUACGGUGACUUUGGCAGUGGGGACUUGCAGGAAAACGACGGUGGCAAUAUUGAUUGGGGCAUCGAAAGUGCUCCCACCGAUGCGGUUGAGAUCAACUUUGACAUUCCCGUCGAGGAGUAUGGAAUUGUGGUGGAGGGCACUGGCAUGGAUGGUGGCACUGCCAAGGGCGAUCAGGCUUACACUUUACUGGACUCUCCCAACUAUCGCGAUCGUUUCCUUGACGAAAUUUAUGAAUUGGAGUCAUUCCUGCGCCUGCGGCUCUACGAGCUCAAGCAGCUGGAGUCCUCGAGCGACAUUAUGUUCUCCCUUAUGGACAACAUUGCCACUCACGAUGCGGAGAGCAUCAGAAAGAUUCUUAGCUCGGUGGAGAAAAUUAUACAGCAGACUUCCGACGAGCAGACGCGGCAUCUCUUCCAGCUGAAGCACUCCCCGAAAUAUGCCAAUCUGCUGGCAACGAAGCUGCAGCAGAUGAAGAAAGCCGUUGAGAAGUUGCGAUCCACGCGAGAAACACUGAAAAAGCGCGCCAUUGAGCUAAGGGAGCAGCGGCAGCAGAUCAAUCCCGUCCUGGAGGAACUGAUUGCCCAGACCCGCACUUUGCAGUCGCACAUCGAGAAGGACAUUUCCAAGCGGUACAAGAAUCGGGUGGUUAAUUUGAUGGGAGGCGUUAACUAAUGUAAUUAGGUGUUUGUUAAAUAAACUGAACAAUCGGACAAGAUAUACUCCCUUUGUUCAAAGAAAAAAUUGAUGAUUUUUUUAACAAAAAAUUAUUUUAAAGAAAAACGAUGGUUUUUAAAUUUUUUAAAAGAAGUUUAUUUUUAUUUUGCUAUUUUUAUUAAAUAUACAAAUUUUAUUUAUAUUGUGUUCAUUUUUUUAAUUGCCAUUUGCUUCUUUUUUUGUAUCCAGAAUACAAACCUAAUUUUAGUGAAGUUUGUUGUUGGUUUCAUUUUUUUGUUGCUUUCGUUUUGUUCAUAAAAGUAUGCUUACACAUUUAACGUUUUAAACUUUUACUUAAAUUUAAAAUUCUUAAGCUGCUGAAUUUUAAUAAUGUGUAAAACAAGAACAACGCUGUGAUUAACUUAAAUGUUUUGGGCCUGUCUUGAAUUUAAGGAAAUUCAUCGAAAAAAUUUAUUAAUUCGGAAAUAGAAUGGGGGGAGCUUCAAAAAAUUCGGAAAUGCUAUAAAGUAGCUAUACAAGGUUUGGGUGUAAAAAGCCACAAAGUGUUUGGGGUAUACAUUGGGAUAUCAACUAGACUUAGGCACUAAUCUAACAAAAGUGUGGCUGGCGGUAGUCAGCAGAAAGGCUUUAUAAGUAUAAUCAAUUCGUUAACUAAAUAGAAAA